CAUAUCGUUGAGGGUAUUUAUGUCAUUUCAUGUCUGAUGUGUAGGCACAACAUCGAGAUCGUAUUUCGUUGGGGUGGUUGUUUACAAAUCUGCUAAUUCCAUCACCGGGGAUCGUUCUACGUCUACCGGACAUUCUCUCUGCGGUUUUCGUUGCAAUUUUCUGGAUUAACCUUGUUUCUCCUGACUUGAUUCGAUCGAUUUUGAGUUUGAAGCCGAAGAAUUUGAGGAAUUCGGGAGAAAGAUGAGCCAUGUGUUCGAAGCUUACGAACGGCAGUACUGUGAGCUGUCGGCUAAUUUAUCGAAAACGAUUACUUCAGCUAGCAUCCUUGAUGGAGAACAAAAGAAACAGAAGAUAUCUGAAGUAAAAGAAGGGUUGGAUGAUGCCGAGAGCUUGAUUCGUAAAAUGGAUCUUGAAGCUAGAAGCUUGCCCCCAAGCGAGAAGGCUACACUUCUAGCCAAGUUGAGAGAAUAUAAAAAUGAUUUGAACAAUUUGAAAGCGGAAGUAAAAAGAAUCAUGUCGGCUAACUCAGAUCCAUCUUCACGGGAUAGGUUAAUGGAGUCUGGGAUGAUCAAUACAACAAUGGCAUCUGGCAAUCAAAGAGAAAGAUUGAUGGUGUCUACGGAGAGACUAAAUCAGAGCAGCGAUAGGAUCAGGGAAAGUCGGAAGACAAUGCUUGAAACUGAAGAGCUUGGAGUCUCGAUUCUUCAAGAUUUGCAUCAGCAGCGCCAGUCUCUUCUUCAUGCACACUCUACCCUUCACGGGGUUGAUGACAACAUAAGUCGAAGCAAAAGAAUCUUGACCAAUAUGACGAGGAGGAUGAACAGGAACAAGUGGAUCAUCGGCUCCAUCAUCGCAGCCUUGGUGGUCGCCAUUAUUCUGGUUCUCUACUUCAAGCUGACUCACUAAUUAAGGCUUUGCCUAGCUCUGGUACAUUCAAGUUCCCUCCUGCUUUUUUCUGCUGAAUUAGAUACUUACUGCUUUUAACUUGGCUUCUUUAUGAUGAUUUGAUUUCCCUCUGAAACAGAACUACCGCAUGCUGCAUGUCCAUCAUAGUUUCUUGAA